CCCUGCUGCCACCCCAGAGCUGGCACAGCCCAGGGCCAGUGGCCUCUUGCCCACCUGGGCUUUGGGAGGGGAGGAAUUCCUGCUCAGGGCUGUGCUGGUCCCGGUGUCACUCCCAGCAGGGUGGCAGAGGCUGUGUCCCUGCCUGGGGACAAAUCUCACCUGCCUGGCCUCGCUCCUGUCUGCAGCAGAGUGGCUUAAAAACCAAACAAAAACAACACUGGUGAAAAGAUGGAUCUGCCUCCAGUCCUGGCUGGGAUGGGAGAGCUGCCCCCUUCCCAGGGGGAAUUGCACAAGUGAUUUCCAUUUGUUGCCCCACAGGCCUCGGCCCAGUACAACACAGGUUCUUUUUUGGGGAAAAAACCUCCACACAACUUUGAAUCCUUCUGGAGCCCAUCCUCAGCUGACCCCAAACCUGCUCUGGGGCUGCUUUGAUGUUUAUCAGAGCAAUCUUGGCCAGCCAGGGUGUUCUUCUUUGCUUUUUCCUGGGAUUCCAGGGGCUGCUUUCCCUGGUGCUGUCUGUGGCAGCUGCAGGUGGAGCUCCCCUGGGGCUCUGGAGGUGGCUCAGGAGCCCUGGCUGUGGUGUGGGGAGGCUGGGCUGGCUCUCACAGCGUGUCUCUGCAGUGGGACAUCCCCUGGGGCUCAGGAGGUGGCUCAGGAGGUGGCUCAGGAGGUGGCUCUGGAGCUCUGGAGCCCUGGCUGUGGUGUGGGGAGGCUGGGCUGGCUCUCACAGCGUGUUCCUGCAGUGGGAUGUCCCCUGGGGCUCUGGAGGUGGCUCUGGAGGUGGCUCUGGAGGUGGCUCAGGAGGUGGCUCAGGAGGUGGCUCUGGAGCUCUGGAGCCCUGGCUGUGGUGUGGGAUGGCUGGGCUGGCUCUCACAGCGUGUUCCUGCAGUGGGACAUCCCCUGGGGCUCUGGAGGUGGCUCAGGAGGUGGCUCAGGAGGUGGCUCAGGAGGUGGCUCUGGAGCUCUGGAGCUCUGGCUGUGGUGUGGGGAGGCUGGGCUGGCUCUCACAGCGUGUCUCUGCAGUGGGACAUCCCCCCUGGCCUGCCUGAAUGCCAUGCUGCACACCAACUCCCGUGGUGAGGAGGGCAUCUUCUACAAGGUCCCAGGCCGCAUGGGCGUCUACACCCUCAAGUUUCGUCCCGCCUGGCGCCGGCAGCCCCCGCCCAGCCCGGCUGCCCCUCGCCAUCCAUCCCUGCCAAGGGCCUCUCCUCCUCCCAGAAACACAGCAAGAAGGCUCUCAAACAGGCCCUGAAGCAGCAGCAGCAGAAGCAGCAGCAGCAGCAGCAGAAGCAGCAGCAGCAGCAGCAGCAGCAGCAGUGCCGGGCAGGAAUGGCUCCGGGAAUGGGGCCGGGAAUGGCGCUGCCCUCCAGCCAGCACGUCCUGCUCAAGGCCAAGGGCGCCGCGCCCGGGAAGUCGGGCUGGGAAGGGAAGCAGGAUGGACAUUCCAGCAGCCCCCCAAACUCCACAUCCAGCUCCUCGCCCUCGGUGAAGCUGGAGAACUCCCUGCCAGGGCUGGGCAAGAAACCCUUCCCGAGAUCCGACAGGCUCCACGCACGGCAGCUGAAGAGAGCGCGCUGCGCCGACAUCGACGUGGAGACCCCGGACUCCAUCCUGGUGAACACCAACCUGCGGGCUCUGAUCAACAAACACACCUUCUCCCUGCUGCCUGCCGAGUGCCAGCAGCGCCUGCUGCUGCUGCUGCCCGACGUCGACAGACAGGUGAGGGCUGCAGGGACCCUGCGAGCCCGGGGAGAGAGAACCCAGCCCAGGGGGAGCUCCCUGUGGCCUUCCAGGACCUGAAGGGCCUGAGGGACGGGAGCCAGGGAAUGGCUCCCCACUGCCAGAUGGGAUUUGGGGCAGGAA